CCAAAAAUGUUGUUAAAUCUGCUAAAACAGCUGAAAUACAGAGCAAAGUUUCAAAUUUAGUGGAAAUUACAUCAAAACAAAAAGGUAAAUCUGCUGAAAAAACAUGGAAGGAAGUGGAAAAAAGGAAAUAAAUCUAAUAAUUACACAGAUAAAAACAGGAAUAAAACAUUUAUUGUCUAAUUAUAGUUCUUGAAUUUCAUGAAUGCAACAUAAUCAUAGUCCUUUUAUGAUUUCAGGUGAGCUUUUUGGUGAUGUAUGUUUAAUUUAAAAAAAUGUCUUGACUUUAGUAGCGUUGUCAGCUGGAUUGUUUAUUUUAUUGGUGGUUCUUUUUUAUAUUUUCUUGUGGUUUAAAGUUGUUUUAGUCAGUUUUAUUGGUUAUACUUAGUAUUAAAGUGAAUUGUUGAAUAAUCUUAUAUAUUUAAUCACACACAGAAGCCUUUGAAAACUUUUGUAACUUUCCCCAAAAACGUUUUUUAGUUUUUAUAACUUGAUUUGUUGAUAUUUUUCGUCAGUUUUAGAUAUUUACGUUUUUAUUUUUAGUUAAAUUCGUGAAUGCUUUUGAAUCUCAUGGAGGAUUAUUGAUAUUUUAAAAUUUGUUGGGCCAUAUUUUGUGAAGUGGUGACUUCUCGGCUCGCACACGCGCCCGCGCGCGCGCUCCCAGAUGGCCAUCCGGUGUCUCCUGCUGGAGCUCAGGGCUGAAGGACACCGCGUAAAGCGCAGCUGAUAAGCUGCUUUAAUCGCUUCAUGCGGCCCCGGUGGCCUUCAGCCGGCUGCAGGUGAACCCGGGCGGAGCCGCAGACACCUCCAGCCCGCCACCCACACGGUGCCGGAGACCUGGGGACCCGGGGAGGGGGCGCGGAGACCCACGGACGGACCGACAGCUCCAUGCGUCUUUGGAUGAACUUCUGCUGCUUUCUUUUGCGUGUCAGCGGACGCGGGGGUGUCCUGUGACUCGGACGGGGGAGGAUUCCGUGUGUUUGAAUGUUCAUUUCGCCUCUCGGAACCUGUUCUCGUUCCGCUUGAGGCACAGUGCGGUUUGCGUAAAGCGCGCACCGGAGCGCACCGGAGGACGCGUCGCGGGGAACACCGGGAUGAGAGCGCAGAGCCGCGGCCGGUGUCUCCCGGCUUCAUGAGCGCCGGCUGGCCGAGCUGCUGUGGCUCGGACCGGGACGGACCGACGGACGAGCAGCCGCGGCGCGGAUGGCGAACAACCUGAGCCUGAGCGCGCACGAGGCGGCCGAGGCGGCGCCGGCGGCGGGGGAGGCGGCGGGGCGCAACCUGCCCGCGCUGGUGCUCGGCGUGCUGCUCAUCGUGGUGAUCAUCUGCGGGAACCUGCUGGUGUGCCUGAGCGUGUUCACGGAGAAGGCGCUGAAGACCACCACCAACUACUUCAUCGUCAGCCUGGCGGUGGCGGACCUGAUGCUGGCCGUGCUCGUGCUGCCGCUGUUCGUCUACUCAGAGUUCCAGGACGGUGUGUGGACCCUCAGCACCACGGUCUGUGACGCUCUGAUGACCAUGGACGUGAUGCUGUGCACCGCCUCCAUCUUCAACCUCUGCGCCAUCAGCAUCGACAGGUUCAUCGCCGUGUCCAUCCCCCUCAACUACAACAGGAAGCACGUGGACCUGCGGCAGGCGGUGCUGCUCUCCGCCACCUGGAUCCUGGCUCUGGCCGUGGCCUCGCCCAUCAUGUUCGGCAUCAACAACGUCCCGGGCCGCGACCCCACCGAGUGCAAGCUGGAGAACGGCGACUACGUCCUGUACUCGUCCGUCUGCUCCUUCUUCAUCCCCUGCCCCAUCAUGCUGAUGCUGUACUGCGGAAUGUUCCGGGGCCUGCGGCGCUGGGAGGAGGCGCGCAAGGCCAAGCUGAAGAGCAGCAUCCAGGCCUGCCGCAAGCUGCAGGAGGCGGCCGCCUCGCUGCCGCCGCUGGCCUCGCUGCCGCCGCCGCUGCCGCCCAUCAUCGAGCGGGAGCCCGCCGACGCGCCCGACGAGCCGCCCGCCUUCCCGUCCCCGGAGCCGCCCUUCCCCUCGCCGGAGUUCAGGGACGGCCCCGUGGCCGCCGUGAGCUUCUCCGAGAUCAAGUUCAAUCCCGACCCCCGCCGGAGGAAGAGGGCCAAGAUCAACAGCCGGGAGCGCAAGGCCAUGAAGGUGCUGCCGGUGGUCGUGGGUGCCUUCCUGUUCUGCUGGACGCCGUUCUUCGUUCUGCACACCAUGCGGGCCCGCUGCCAGGACUGCUACGUCCCCCCGGCGCUGAUGAGCGUGGUGACGUGGCUCGGCUACGUCAACAGCGCGCUCAACCCCGUCAUCUACACCGUCUUCAACACCGAGUUCAGGAACUUCUUCAAGAAGUUCCUCAACAGCUGCUGCUCCUGAAGGGAGACGCUCGGCGCUCGCCGCCGCGUGGGCGGUGCUUAAACCCACUCUGGCCGCCAGGGACGUUGCCAUGGCUGCGCUUUUUUUACAUUCAGUAGCAUGACUCUGUUUGAGCCUGGCGUUCCUGGUGAAGAAGCUUCGGUCGGAGGAACCUUCACAU